CUCAGUGUAACAUGCCGGAGCCGGAGCCGGAGCCGGAGCUGGAGCUCUCCUCCGCCCCGGGCCGGUAGCUCGGAGCCCGGAUGCGCCGCCAUGCCCUCUCUCUUAGCGGAUGGAGUAACGCAUUGACCGCCUGCCGGACACGGAGAGCUCGCUGACCGGCUCCACGGAGAGCUCGCUGACCGGCUCCACGGCUCCAUCCAGGCGGCACAGAGGAGCCCGUGGCGCGGACACACCAGCACGGAACCUCCGCGCUGAGCUGAGUUUCAGCUCCACGUGGACUUCAUGUCUGGUUCUGGUCCAGGAUCCAGAGGACAUGUCUGUUGAUGAGGACCCCGUAAAGACCGGCAGUCCUCGGGUCAGCUCCACGUCGCCCCUGCAGCUCUCAGAUCGCACCGGAGGUUACAGCACCGUGUCCGUGAUGGAGGAGGGCACCGCCGCCACCCCCGACUUCGCCGCCGCCUGUCCGGCCUCGCCAAAACACACCAGCACCACGGACGCGCUGACCCGCUCACAGGACGACGGCGGGCAGAGAGCCCAAGCCAAUGAGAACAGCCGCAGGAACAGCUUCCAUCACUCCAAACAGCAGCAACAGACGAGGCUGACGAAGCGCCGCCACACGGCGAGCUCCGGGUUCAAACACCCGACAUCCGGCAAGAGGAGACGGCGAGCCAACUCGGAGAGCGAUUCCGUCCUGCCCACCAACUUCCUGCUGGGUGGGAACAUCUUCGACCCACUGAACCUGAACAGUCUGCUGGACGAGGAGGUCAACAGGGCGCUCAAUGCCGAGACGCCCAAAUCCUCGCCGCUGCCGGCGAAGAGUCGCGACCCCGUGGAGAUCCUGAUCCCCAGAGACAUCACCGACCCGCUCAACCUGAACAGUGGCAUUGCAGACAGCAGCUUCCUGGUGUCGCCCUUCAAGAGUGGCGGCAGGAAGAGACACCGCAACAGACACCACGGCGGGGCCAGUGGCGGGGUUGGAGGAGGCGGUGGCGGGGUUGGUGGAGGCGGGGUUGGAGGAGGCGGAGGCGGGGUUGGUGGAGGCGGUGGCGGGGUUGGUGGGAUUUCAGCUGCACAGAUGAGCGUCUCUGAAUCAGGACGAAGCGAGGUCAGAACCUCCACGCCGCUGCCCGGUCUGUUCUUGUCGUGUUCUGCUCUCCAUGUCUCUAAAGAGUCCAGUGUUCUGUCUGGCGUGCCCGUGAACUCCCAUGAGCCUUCAGCUGAGUCCUCCACCGGCUGCAGGGAUGAGUCCGCGUCCCUGGAGGACUCCACCUCGUCCGCAUCAGGGGCACCGAACCAGCACACGAGCCGACGCAAGCGCCGACGUAACUCGGGAAAAUUGGACCCGCCCGUGACCCACUCCACACCGGUCGGUAAGCCUGGACCUGCAGACCGGAGCUGCGGUUCUGGAGGUCCGAGAAGCUCUCAGUCGUCCUUCCACACACCGAGGAUCGGGUCCAAACCGGGUCCAGGAGGUCGGCAGCACCAGCAGCCCCACUACCAGGUGAGGGAGCAGCAGAAGAAGAAGUUCCAGUACGGGAACUACAACAAGUAUUACGGGUACCGAAACCCGGGCGCCAGCGAGGACCCGCGGGUCCGUGUGCUCCGCCCAGAGUGGUUCGAAGGUAAAGAGGUUCUGGACUUGGGCUGUAAUGCAGGUCACCUGACACUCUACAUCGCCAAAAUGUUGAGACCGGCCCGUAUUCUGGGCCUGGACAUCGACAGCGGUCUGGUUCAGGCAGCCCGGAAGAACAUCCGGCACUAUCUGUCCGAGCUGCAGACCCAGGAGGCCCGACGGGCCUUGCAGAACCAGGAAGCCCGACGGGCCUUGCAGAACCAGGAGGCCCGACGGGACCUGCAGAACCAGGAGGCCCGGCGGGACCUGCAGAACCAGGAGGCCCUGCAUCCCACCAAACAGGAGGAGAGGAACGGAGGAGAGAAGCACAACGAUACGGAGGGCAGCGAGGAAAGUGGAAAGACUGCAGAGCCUGAGACCAGAACCCAGACCAGAACCCAGAGUGAGGACAGCAGACCCGAGGUACCGGAUCAGGAAGACUGUGAGUCUGCUGGCAGUGAUCAGUCCAUCAGCUGCUCAUUCCCCGUCUCUCUAAAGAUCUCCAGAGGUCCGAUUGCCGCUCCCCCGCUGACGGAGACGUCCACGACUCGACCCGGAGAGUUCCCGUCCAACGUGUCCUUCAUCAAGGCGAACUACGUCCUGGACAACGACACCCUCCUGCUGACGCAGCGGGCGGAGUACGACGUGGUGUUAUGUCUCAGCGUCACAAAGUGGGUCCACCUGAACUGGGGCGACAGCGGGCUGAAGCGGUUCUUCCAGAGGGUCUACAGACACCUCCGUCCUGGAGGUCUGUUCAUCCUGGAGCCUCAGCCGUGGGAGUCGUACGUGAGGAGAAAGAAGCUGACGGAGAACAUCAGCAGGAACUUCCACAGCAUCCAACUCAGACCGGACCAGUUCUCCUCAUACCUCACGGCCGAGGUCGGCUUCAGCAGCUUCGAGUACCUCGGUGCCCCAAAGUGUUCGCUCAGAGGGUUCCAGAGGCCCAUCUACUUAUUUCACAAAUGACCGCUCUGCCUGGAAACCACGAGGUCGCAAAAACAGCCUGCCGGCCCGGACCACAAAAACAGAUCAGAACCAUCUUGGUCCUUCACGGGUCCUGCAGCUCCUCAGCGGCGCUGACGAUGACUCAGAGAGGACGAUGGGACCAAAAGAGGACUUCAUUUGAGAAAGACAAGCCCUCAGGAGACCCGGAUCCUCCGGGACUCAGACCGGACCAUCAGGGCUCAGGUGGUCCUGGACUCAUGGCCACCGCGCACACACACACAUUAUGUUUCUAUGGCUGCACUAUGAUUGGCUGCCGCUCUGUGACAUCACAGAUCUGGAGGAAGCAGCUGGACUUCAAACAUCGUGAUGUGUGUUCAUGUGUCUCACGUCAUCUCGUGUCCACGUUCCCGUCUGAACUUUAUUUUGUAAAAGAACUUUCAAUGUUUCACAAACGACGACAAUGAACGCAAAAGCAUCAAACACGUGACCUCAUUGCAGCAUCAUCAGUUCAGACAAUGUUCACGUCACUUCCUGUCUUGCUGAUGCUCCGUCCUGAUUGGUGGGGUUUAUCUGAGCUGUGAUGUCAUAGUUCGAUCUGUUAACACAAUGUUCUUCACGGCGUCCCUCGUGAGGCGUUCACUGACUGUUUGAAUUUUUAUCAAAUUUAAAUUCUGUUUGUAUUGAACGCUGCCAAACUUCUUCAUCUUCAUCAUAGUCUUUGUCCUGAUGAGUUUAGGUCCGUCAGUCUUUGUAGUUUUCUUGGUGUGCACUGAGCGCCUUUUGGUUCUGGUUCGGUUCUGAUGACAAAUGUUUCUAUUUUAGUGAUUUGAUUUUUUUUUCAUGUUCAAACUGAUUUUUGUCUUUGUUGUUUUCAAAUGUUUCCUGCCACCGUGAGUCACAGCUCGUUAAUGAGCUCUGUAACGAACAUGUUGAUGACUGGUUCUGGUUCUGUGUGCAGGAUGGUGGAUUGUCAAAUUGGCUCUUUAUUUUUUUUAUAAACAGUUUGAAAGUC